AAGUUUCCAAAAAUUCAAUCCCAGAUUUUUUUUUGCUUUGAAAAUUUGAAAUUUCGAAAAUUCUAGAUUUUUUUUUUGUUUCUAAUUUUUCCCUAAAAUAGUUAUUUAUGCAACAAGUGUGUAAAAUGUGAUUGUCGAACUCGCCUUCGGCUCGUGCGUCAUAAUUCACAUUCGUGAAUAAAGGUGCUAUACGUAUUGCAUACAAAAAUUUUUCUACUACCAAUCAAAUAUGUGUAAAAAAAUAAAUUUAGACAAAUACAUACUUUACGCACUAGUGCGGAAAAUAUUUUCACUUUACGCACUGGAGCGUGAAGUAAUUUACCAGAAAAAUACUAAAUUGACAGUGUCGACAUCUGUCAUUGACAUUACUUCACGCACUAGUGUGUGAAGUGAAUUACUUUACACACUUGCGCGUGAAGUGAAAUUUUACGUAUUCUGAAUAGUUCGUAAAGUGAGUACUUUACGCACGGUAGUAGAAAAAAGUGUUUUUUGUUGCUUUCGCCAUUUAGACUAAAACAAAAUAUCAUGUGUUAAGUAUCGUUGAACUCGCAAUUUUUUUCUCAAAAUACUGAACCAAUAAGAUAGAGGGUGUUCCAUUUGAAAAAUCUUUGUUUUUUCGAACAUCUCAGAAGAUAAAGCUCCCAUAUUUUUUCCAAGUACGCCACUGGAUUCUACGUAAAAAAAAGACGUAUUUUUCCUUUUUGCACUUUUUCUAUAUCUCCGUAGGGUAAGAAGUUAUAGAGGAUUAUAAAAAACAGCUGAUUUUGAAAAACACCCUGUACCUCGCAAACCAAACUUGUUGGCCAAGAUCUGACUACACCAUCAAAUGACACACUAAAAAAGAGGACGGGAAGCGUAUAUCAGUUUCUCAGUAUCUUCGGCCAUUUUGGCUGUACCCUAUCAAACUAUCGAAAAUCAACCACCCUGUACAAUGCCAUAUCUGUUUCGGAAAUAUUGACAGUUGAAAAUUGACUUUUUUUGCUUUUUUGACAGACUGUGAAACCUAAACGAUUAAUUUUACAAGAAAACGGUUUUUACAUUCCUAUCUUAGUUUUACAUAAACUAUCAUUUGACACCAACCUUGAAUUUAAUCCAUGAUUAAAAAUUCCGCCUAAAUUAUUAAUCUUCGGUUAAAUGAAAAUCUAUGACAGGAAUUUAAAAGCCGUUUUCCUCUAAAAUUAACCGUUUAAGUUUCACAGAUGCAAAAAAGGCAAUUUUCAACUGUCAAUAUUUCCAAAACCGCUGAAGAUAGGUAUAUGCAAAUAUGACAUUGUACAUGAAAUAUGUCUAGAAUUUUUCGCAGAAUCCAGAAAUGUCAUAAGCUACAGGGAGAGUCAUUUAAAAAAACAUAACUUUUUGUCACUACUAGUCAUUGGGUCACCCUGUAUACUGGAAAAUAAUGUAGGAAUGUAGUACUAAUGUUUAUAUGCAAGUUUUGUAUUUAGUUCUUUCUUCGAUCUCCGUUAGUAUAGAAGAUAUGGACGACCGCACGGUAAGUAACUCACCCUGUAUAAAAAAACACCCUGUACAAAUAAGUGGAUUAUUGCGGAACUUAUAGGUGGACCUCUGCGGGACGAGCGCAGCGAGUUCCGCAGCCAUCUAUUCAUCAAUAUGUUGUUUAAUUACGAUACUAACCUGACUCACUUAAAUGUGAGUCAUUCUUAUUAGUUUAAAAACUACACGUUUCAGGUGAAUGUCUUACUUGAACAGUUCAACAGUAUAUUGAUGAGUAGAUGGCUGCGGAACUCGCUGCGCUCGUCCCGCAAAGGUUCACCCAUAAAUUCUGCAAUUAUCCACUUAUUAAUGUCUGUUUUUUUUUUAAAGAUAAUUCCCCAAGUCAAAAAUUUAGUAACUUUGUUGGCAGCACAAGCCUUUUCUACAUAAAAAAUUUGAAAGCAUUGACAAUUUUACAUUGUAUUGCCAACAUCAUGUCAUUUUGACUUUUAUUUAAAAAAAAAAAAAAACAGAUUUUACUAAAUUUUUGACUUGGGGAAUUAUCUUUCAGACUUUAUUUUAUAUUUUUAACCUUUGUAGUGUCAUUUUUUGACGUUUUCUGCUGUCAUUCAUAAGAGAAACGAACACAAUGAGUAAGAGAAAAAGAACAAACACGCUGACGCAAAAAGAAGAAAUGGACCUCGACAAAUCAUUCUCCGAUUUUGACUCCGACGACUCACUCAGAGAUCCCGAUUUUAUGUCUGAUCGUUCAUCUGAUUCCUCAGAAGACGAAGAUCCGGAAGAAUUUGCAGCCGCUGAAGCUGAAGCUGAGUAUAUAGGCGAUGAUGGUGAUGAUGAAAAAUGGGAAAAUAUAGCAGAAACCCAGGACGACGAUCAAGAACCGCAAAAUUAUGAUACAGUUGAAAGUGAAUAUGUGGGCGAGUGGACAGACUAUGUGGGUCGACAAAGAUAUUUUCCAUAUUACUGGUUUAUCAGGUCUGCAGCAGGCAGUUCCACCUAACAAUACACCUCUUGACAUAUUCUCUCUAAUAGUGGAUAAUAAAGUAGUAAACGUCAUAGUAACAGAAACUAAUAGGUACCCACCAAUACUCAAGAGAGAAAGAAAUUGUUUGGCCUAACAAUAUGGAUGGGGUUGGUUCAACUUGGUAACAUUCAAUGAUAUUGGGAAAGUCAUGGCAUAUAUCCCUCAGAAUGUUAUGUCCAGGAAUAGAAUCCAAAUUUUAUUGAAAAUGCUACAUUUUGCUAAUAAUGAAGACAUCCAUGAAAGCGACCGCCUUGGAAAAAUCCAACCCUUCAUAGAUUUAUUGAAAAGAAAAUUUAAAGCUUUAUUUUACCCCAUUGAAGACAUCGUUGUUGAUGAAACCCUUGUACCCUGGAGGGGCCGUUUGAUAUUUAGGCAAUACAUCCCAAACAAAACCCAUAGAUAUGGGAUAAAACUCUUCAAACUUUGCUUCACGAAUGGAUACACCUGCCUGGGCCAUGAACGUGUAUGCAGGAAAACCAAGAGGUGCCGAUGGUGAAGUUGGGCUGGCCAAAAAUACUUGCAUGUCGUUAUAUCGUGGUCUCCUGUAUGAAGGUUGCACAUUAUACGUGGACAAUUUUUAAACUACCUACGAGUUAACCAGGACUUUGUUAGAGAGCCACACACAUUUGGUAGGUACACUUGGAGCAAACCGCAAAGGGUUUCCCCCAGAAAUAAAAAUAACAAAACUGAAACGCGGUGAAAUCGUUGCCAAAGAAGAUUAAAACGGUAUUGUGGUACUCAAAUGGAAAGAUACCCGAGAUGUGAAAAUUAUGUCAACAAAACAUCCCCAAUAAUAAUAGAUGUUCCCAUCAAGAAUGCAAAAUACGCAUCUACAGCUAGCAUAAAACUGUUAACAUCUAUUGAUCAACCCUCUACAUCGACAGACGAUAUACCUACUUCUGACCAGCCGUCAGCCUUGCCACAUGAUGGAAGUGAAGUGAUACUAAAAC